GUGCCGAGUUCAAAAAAGAUCGCACUUCGCAGUUCAUGGUAAAGUUGAGGAAUUUGUAUCAAAAAUAUAUUUAAUUGGCUGUGUAAUUUUUUAAGUACAGAGGUACUGUGAGUGUGACAGACUGAUUUGAAGUUUCCUGAAGAUCUGACAUCAGCUAAUAAAAGAUGGCUUCGGCACGAAUGCCGCAGGAGUCUACUUCUUCAUAUCAAGACUAUCCAGCUAAUCUGUCUUUGCUGAGUGAUCAGUAUCCAGUAGUGAAAACUCCAACGAGAGUGAAUACUGCACCAGAAAGCAACAACAGAGCUGUGAUAUCAGCUUUAUUAGGUCUUCAGGAAAAGAUUCGUAGGCUUGAACAGGAACGCACUGAGGCUGAAGGUAACUUGAAAUCACUGGCCAGUGAGACAGCUCAAUACCGUGACUUGGUCAAGAGACAGCACACCGUCAAGCAAACUCCACAUGUACCCAGCUCAAAGCAAACUCAAGAGUUACAAGGUCAACUUGCCUCUGCAGAGAGUCGUAGUCAGUUGUUGGAAAAGCAACUGGAGUAUAUGAGGAACAUGGUACGUAGCGCUGAACAGGAAAGAGACAGUGCAUUUAGACAACAAGAGCUUCAAAGUAUGCAGCGGACGCAGAAAGCAAGUGAGCAAGUCCGAGCUGAGGAAGAGAAAAUACGUGAUUUGGAAAGAGAACACGCCAAAUUAAAGGCCACACAAGCACUUGCGGAGAGUAAAAUUCAAGACUUAGAGCACAAGGUUACAGAAGAGAAACACCAACGUGAAAGGCUGCAGUCCAGGGAAGUUCGGCUUCAAUCCUGGAAUGAAUCCAAUAAGGUGUUGUCAGGCAAAGACACUGCACAUAAGAUGAAGAGAGCCAAGAAGAAGAAAGUGCCAGCCACCUGUGCACCUGUGUCCUCCAAGAUACCUUGCCAUAGCAAACAGCCCUGCACUUCAAGACAUCUACGACUCAAAAUGGAAAACGUUCCAUUUGUUGCUGGCACGGCUAUUACUCCCAGCCACAACGUCAACGUGAACAUGCAGAAUUUGAUUGCUCUGAUGAAGACUCAUCAUUCUGCUUGGUGUGGAAAGGCAUCAAUAAGGAAUCAACCCAACAAAGUGAAAUCAAAGACGAAGAAAUCACGAGCAUUAGCAUCAGGCAACAGCAGUGACAGUGAUCUCUCCGACUUGUUGCUGGGAUUGCAAGAUGAGUUUGGGCAGCUUGCAUUCGAGCAUCAAGAACUCACCAAACACAUCCAGGAGACCACUGAACUCAAGCUGCAAGACCAACUAGAACAGGAGCUAGAGCAAGUUUUCUCCAGAAUGGAAGCUAAGGGUGAACAGAUAAACAAACUGAAGAAACAUAAGCAAAAGAUAGUGAAGAAGAUGACAAACAAUGUCACCAAAUCCAAAAUGAAUGGACAAGUUGGGACUUCAAAUGAAGGGGAAGUGAAAGUCAUCACGACCGUCAGGACCAGAGGUACCGGAAUAAAGACAAAGCCCAUUCAGGUCAUUAGUCCUGAGAGUAAAAGUAACAAACAUAUGCUUCAUGACAUGAAGACACUACAGACAUCAUUAUGCAAAGAUGAUGUGAGUUGGGACUGACUGACUAUAAAUGUUGCCAUCCACCAGGAGUGCCUGGGUGUCUCCAUCCGUGUACAUAGCAGUUAUUGUGAAUGUGGAAAAUUAUUUAAUAAUUGUUUUUACAAAAUGACACUCUUCAUGGAAUCCCAGACCUUGGCGUUUCAGAGUUAUGCUGAACUGUAGAACCCAAAUAUAUUUCAAUUCCAGAUGGGCAAACUAUAUGUAUUUUCCGUUGUACCCACUUUCAGUCAUUCUAACAGACUGUACACCAGUCCUUCAGUAUACUAUGUCUCCAAACAAGUGUCCAUCUCAGUAUUUUCGAAAUAACAGAAACACCACAAAUUAAAUUUUGAAAAGUUUUCCAAAAUGAUUUCAAUCCCCAACCACAGCCCUUUUUCACAAAAUGAAGGAUUUUACUCAGCUUACAUAACACAGUACAUUUGCACUGAAAAAAAGGCAAGGAAUUUGGUCACAGUGACCCAAAAUAUUGUACGGAUCAAUGGACCAUUGUGCAGUGAGACAUGAGGGAAAUUAAAUAGAACUCACAGGGGUUUAGGCCAAGGAUUAGGAGUAUCUGUACAGUUAAAUAUUUUCAAAAUUUAUUUUAUGGUUUUGUUUGUUAUUUGAAAACUAUUUAGACGGACACAUUUUUGGGGGACAUACUGUAGUUACUCCUAACUGUUGCAAACACCCUACUCUCUGGAACACCUAGUGUAAAUUAAUAAGUGUCAGUAAUAUGUGCAUGUAUAUAGAUAUUUAUAUAUUUUAUUAUUGAGUUUAAUCCAACACCGACAUAAAAACGAUAUUGUUUGACAACACUGGGUGCUGUCCAAGAGAUGACCAGCUGGCUUGGUACGGACUUGAACACAUGAUGUGUGGCGAGUCCCUCCACCACUAGCUUGCCAGGUAAGCUGGCCUAGUCACAUUCAGUAUAGCAGCAAGUACCACAAUUAAUGAUGUUACAUCCAGAAAAAUUGUGCAUAUUGGAUUCAAAUUAAAAGCAUUGAUUGAUGCACCUGCUACUACAUUGGAUUACACUUGGCCAGCCAAUCCCACUAGCUCAGUGAUUGAGUGGUUAAGAUGUCUGCACUUGGUUGUGGGUUCACGCCCCACUAAGCAAGCUUUUGUGCAUUGUUUUCUCACAUGAUUCUUGGCCAUCACUUAAUAUACAUAGCUUCCGAAGUUAAGUCAGUGAAGGGUAAAACCUGGCACGAAAAUGUAUCUCCCUGAAGCAAAAUUCCAUCAAAAAUUAUAUAAUUCGAUCGCAGAAAUGAUUUUGAAUUCAAACUAAGAAUUGUUGUACAUGUAUGGUAAAUUCUUUAAUUGUUUUGGUUUUUAGAAAGUAUUUCAUUAUGUGUGGAUAUUACAUGUAGGGAGCUGAACUUGCAGUCUUCCUGACCUGUAGCAUGUAGUAUUUUGUUUGUGAUCAAUGUUAGUUGUUUGCAUUGUUUAUUGGAUUAGAAACAGACAAUACAUACUAGUCAAUAUACACAUGGAUGUUUUCAGGUACUAGAUAAAUUACCUAGAUUACAUGUAGUAGAUGAUCUGCUAGAGCCUCCAUCUGUUCUCAUCUAUGCAAUCUUUGAAAUUCAACAAUGGACAGUAUACAUUUCUCUGCAAUCUUUGAAAUUCAACAAUGGACAGUAUACAUUUCUCUGUGUAAGUUCAGACUUGUUUUGUAUAACUGUUAACAUGCAAUUCAGAAACAAGAUUACAUAUAUCUAUGCAUUGCUAUUUAAUGUCAACUGAAUAUAAUUAUAUUAGAAACAGACUCCUCUACAUUAUAUUCAUAAUUAUCAGACCUAGGAAUCACUGAUUGUCAUGAUGGUUCCAGAAAAAAAAUGAAGUUUUAACUACCAAACUUGUCCUGGCAGUACUUCAAGGAAUUUGUUCAUGGUAUACUCUAUUCCACUUCAAUAUAAAUGUGAAUUUGGUGAGGUCACCACAAAAUAUUGAAAAUUGAUAUCAAACUGUAAAUCAAAUUAGCCAAAAUGAAUGCUGGUUAAUAGAUGACAAUCUUGCUGGUAUACAUGUAUACCAUUUUUGUUAGGCGCAAAACAAUGUUUUCAAUAAGAGGGAUGAGUGAUUUUACGUUAAAAAAAACAUAUACAUGUACGUGUCUUUUUUUAGGAGGGGAUCUGAAAUCAGGGAAAUAAAGUUGUAUACAGCAAUAUCAAUGAAUGUACCUCGAAUCGCUAUCUUCUCAGUUGACAUGAAAUUGACAACAAAAAAUUUACAUCAACUUUAAUCUCAUUUUUAUUUAUUUGUAUGUUUUCAUCAGUUCCUUUUAUUCUAUUUAGUCUGCCCUAAAAAUUUCCAUUUACGCUUUGAAUUUUCUCGGAAAAAUUGACCUCCUAGCUCACUUUUCUAGUUUUAUCGAAAUAAAACCUUGCCCUUUGCGUUCACUGUAAA